ACUCUGAAUAGUUUUCCAGCUCUAGUCAACGCCGCCUGAUUAAUUCCAAAUUAAAAGUUAUUAAAUCGCAACAAAACGCAGCAGCAAAGUGUGCACAAUGAGCGAGCAGAAAACGAGUGGGCUGUCGGCCCUUCAGCAAAUCGCGGCGGAAUACAAGGACAAACGGCCACAAUGGCACUCCUUUUACAAGGAAAUUUGCGAGACCAGUGACCGGGAAGCGAAGGAAAAACAAUUCAGCACUUCGGAAUCGGAACGUCACACAAACCGCGGACUGAAUCGUUAUCGGGAUGUUAAUCCGUAUGACCAUUCCCGCAUUGUUUUGAAGCGCGGCAGCGUGGACUACAUCAAUGCCAACCUGGUUAAGCUGGAGCGCGCCGAGCGUCAGUACAUCCUGACCCAGGGACCGCUGGCGGACACAGUGGGCCACUUCUGGCUGAUGGUCUGGGAGCAGAAUUCCAGCGCCAUUCUCAUGCUCAACAAGAUAAUGGAGAAGAAGCAGAUCAAGUGCCACCUCUACUGGCCCAACGAGAUGGGAGCUGACAAGGCCCUAAAGUUGCCCAAUGUCAAACUCACAGUGGAGCUAAUCCGCUGCGAGACCUACCAGAACUUUGUGCGACGGUGGUUCAAAUUAACCGAUCUCGAAACGCAGCAGAGCAGAGAGGUGAUGCAGUUCCACUAUACCACAUGGCCGGACUUUGGCAUACCCAGCUCGCCAAAUGCAUUCCUCAAGUUCUUGCAGCAGGUGCGCGACUCCGGCUGCCUGAGCCGCGACGUGGGUCCGGCGGUGGUGCACUGCAGCGCCGGAAUCGGACGGUCGGGCACCUUUUGCCUGGUGGACUGCUGCCUGGUGCUGAUCGACAAGUACGGCGAGUGCAAUGUGUCCAAGGUGCUGUGUGAGCUGCGCAGCUAUCGCAUGGGUCUCAUCCAGACCCCCGACCAGCUGGACUUUUCCUACCAGGCGAUCAUCGAGGGCAUCAAGAAGCUGCACGAUCCCACCUUUCUCAACGCUGAGGAGCCAAUUAUUAGCAAUGACACAGACACCCACACACUGGAUGAACUGCCGCCGCCUUUGCCGCCUCGCGUUCAAUCGCUAAACUUGCCACUGGCCCCCAAUUCUGGUGGCGUUCUUUUGCUUAAUAUGCGCGCAGCCCAGGCCAAUGGAGCUGAUGAUAUCGCCGAACUGAUUGGCGAAAAGUUAAGCAAGGACGCGCUGAACAACUUCAUCAAUCAGCAUGAUAUAAUCCACGAUGCAGAGGUGGCCGACAGCCGUCCCUUGCCGCCGCUGCCCUCGAGGCCGCUGAGAGCUCUCAACGAAUCGGACAGCGAUGAGGAUUACUUGCUGGACGACGACGAGGAGGAUGACACCGAUGAGGAUGAGGAGUACGAGACCAUUAACGAACACGAAGCAGAGCCAGUCAAUGGUCAUGUGACGACGGCACAGCCUCAUGUCGACGAUGUGAAUGCCAACAACGAGAAGCCAACAGCGCCGGCCGGCGAACAAAACAAGGCCAACGGCAUUGAUACAAUUCCAGACCAACUUCCAGCCAGUCCGGAGAACGAGCUGAAGCGGCGAAAACGCAACGAAUACCAGGCCAGCCUGGAACAGAAGGUCAACGACAUCAAGCGGAAGCAGCGGGAGAACGAGGACAGCCAGCUGGCGGCAAAGAAACGAAGGUCAUUACUCACAUAUAUUGCCGCUGGUGUUGUGGUGGGCGUGAUCUGCGCCUACGCAUACACGAAGCUAGGAUAAGUGCCCUAAGUAGCCACUAAGUAGUCGUAGGCCAGUAGUAGCAAUAGCUGUAUGACGUAUUUAGUUGCCGUAGGACACCGAUUCCCCAGAUACCCGAUUUCCGACCACCGACCACCGACCGAUCCCCAACAGCUCGUCCGCCUGGCCCGUCAUCUAAUGUGGGCAUGAAUCAAGGGCGAGGUACGGAACGGAACGGAUCGGAUGGGAUAGGAUAGGAUCAGAGAUCGGAUGGAAUCGCAUCGCAAUCAUUAAUGGAUUGCGGAUGGCGGAUUGAGCUGAACGAACGAUACACGAUGCAUAAAUAUUAGGGAAUUUUUAUAUACGAAAAGGAAAAGGAACGGAAACGAGGAAAACUUGCAACUAAACUAAACGAGAGUCGGGUAGAAAUCACGUCAAAUGUAGAUUUUGCGCAAUAGACUGACAUUUUAGAACAAAUUUAUUUUCUACUCUUAAAAAAAAAAGAAAAAAAAUGAUUGAUAAAACAGACCAGAGUACCCGAAACGCACCACACCAAAAUCCAAAAAAAGAAAAACUUACUUUACUCGCUCGCUAUGCAAUAAAAUUGAUUAUAAAUACUAUAAUUAUCAACGAUUCAAGCACCCCCCAAAUCCAAUCACACGCUUCACUUGUUGUUGUACAGCAAUUUCUUAUAGCAUACGACCUAUGUAUAUUUAUUUAUGAAGAUUUACGAGAAACGAACACUUGUUGUAGUCCAUGGCAAAAAUAUAAAGUGCAGCAAUGUGCCAAAAAGAAGCGAAACGGAGCAGAGUAUGAAAAAAGCCCUUCAUGACUUUUAAUUUAACUUUGCCAUCAUCCCGCCCCAUACUAACUUUGAAUUGUUGUGUUUAGAAAUACUUUCAUCUUUAAAGAGCACUCUAUUAAAUCAAACGAAAUACAGCGCCAUUAAAGCAAUAUUAUAAACAAAAGCUGAGUACUACACCUAUAUCUCGUUUAACGCUUUAAGGCGUUUUAUAAUCAACAUUUUCAGUUUUUACACAUGACUCGAACAGAUCUGAAAUCAAAAUAAAGUGAUUACUUUCCAAAUCGUAAUCUUUGACUUGUCUAGUUGCAUAUUAAAUUUAAUGAAAGUAUAUUUUAUGAAGUCGCUAAGCGAAGUAUAGGUGUAUGAUUUAAUGAUUUUAUAACGAACAUACAGGUUUUGCCCUAGCAAAAUCACUUUGUAUUUAAUAAACGAAGAGGGUGGAAGGCUAUUCAAUGGUUUUUCCAGUAGAGUAAGUGCGUAACCCCAGGCCCCAAAAAAACAAAAAUAUUUAUAUAAACGUGUAGCAUGAGAGGAUGCAAAGAUACGACAUGAAUUAUUUUUUAUAUGUGUAAUCCACAAUUUAACGAAAUUCAAGUAACCACCCACGAAAGCGAGGCAGUACGAAUUGAAAUCGGAUGAGCCAAGGAGGAUAACUAAUAAACGAAAAUACAUAUUUAUAUUAAUUAUAUUUAACAGUAACAACAUGAACAAUACCUAUAGUAAUGCCUAGUUAACUGAACGUCGGCUAAGUACACACCCAACCAUACACUGAAACAAAUCGAACACCACACAACACAAACCAACACAAGUACUAUAUAUAAUGCCUAUGAAUGAAUGAAAAGAGAAGUGAGAGAAAGUAUUCAAAUAAAGCUAUUCAUAUAAGACACAGCAAA